GGUCUCAGGUUGGCACCUUGGCACAACAGCCCAGGAGGGCCCACCUCCCAGCGCUGGGCAAAGGUGGGGCAAGGAAAGUCUUGGGCGAUGUCCUUCUGUCCCAUCUAAGGAGGUGCCUGCAAGAGAAGGACCAUGAGGGGCUGCUGGAAUUCUUUCUGGGAGUUCUGGAGCUAUGAGACCCCCAAAGUGAUUGUGGUGAGGAACCGGCACCUCGGGCUCAUCUACCGGAUGGUUCAGCUCCUCAUCCUGGUCUACUUCAUUUGGUAUGUGUUCAUCAUCCAGAAAGGUUACCAAGAGAGUGAGUCUGGUCCGGAGAGCUCCGUCAUCACUAAGGUGAAGGGCGUCACUCGAUCUCAGAACAAGGUUUGGGAUGUGGAGGAAUACGUGAAACCCCCAGAGGGUGGCAGCGUCUUCAGCAUCAUCACCCGGGUUCAAGUCACCCCCUCCCAGACUCAGAACAUUUGCCCCGAGGUAGGAGAAGAAAUGGGGGCCUUGUGUCACUCAAACGGCGACUGUGUUGCUGGUGAUAUGGACAUGCUGGGGAAUGGAGAGAAGACCGGGCGUUGUGUCCCCUAUAACCAUACCAAGAAGACCUGCGAGGUGAAGGCAUGGUGCCCAGUGGAGGAUGCCAAAGCGCUCAGUGAGGAUUUGGCAAAGAUGGCCCCCGAGUUCACCAUUCUGAUCAAGAACAACAUCCAUUUCCCCCGCUUCCGCUUCUCCAAAGGGAACAUCAAGGAAAGCAAAGUCGGCUACCUGAGGAACUGCUCCUUCAGCGAAACCACGGAUCUCUACUGUCCCAUCUUCAAGCUGGGCUUCAUUGUGGAGCAGGCCGGCGAGGACUUCGUGGCCCUGGCGGAAAAGGGUGGCGUGAUUGGAGUGAUUAUUAACUGGAAUUGCAACCUGGAUCUGCCGGACUCCGAGUGCAACCCCCGCUAUUCCUUCCGCAGGCUUGACCCCAAAUGGGCCCAAGUCUCCUCUGGCUACAAUUACAGGUUUGCCAAGUACUAUCACUGCAAGGGGAAGAGCACGCGCACCCUGAUCAAGGCCUAUGGCAUCCGCAUCGAUGUGAUUGUGCAUGGACAGGCAGGGAAAUUCAGCCUGAUCCCCACCAUCAUCAACCUGGCCACAGCCUUGACCUCGGUGGGAGUGGGAUCCUUCCUCUGUGACUGGAUCUUAUUGACCUUCAUGAAUAAGAACGAGGUCUACAGCUCCCGCAAGUUUGACCAGAUCACCAAGCUCGCCGAAGGGACUCUGCAGACGGAAUUUAGCCCCACCGCAUCCGCCACCCAAGUAUCUUCGCCCACGGGCUCCAAAGCUCCCGUCCUCCUCUGAAGUUCGGAACCUGGUUUCUUC